CGUCAGGCGCGCCCGGCCGGCCUCGCCUGGGCUCCGGCGCCCUCGGCGGCCCUGCCUCGCGGCCCGCGCGCGCGUGUGUCCCUCCGCCGCCGCCGCCGCCGCCACCUCAGCCCGGCAAAUGAACUCCGUCCGAGCCGCCAACCGGAGACCCAGGCGAGUGUCGCGGCCGCGCCCGGUGCAGCCCCCGCAGCAGCAGCAGCAGCAGCAGCAGCCCCCGCAGCAGCAGCAGCAGCAGCCCCCGCAGCAGCCGCAGCAGCAGCCCCCGCAGCAGCCUCCGCCGCCGCAGCCGCCCCAGCAGCCGCCGCCGCCGCCGCCGCAGCAGCAGCCGCCGCAGCAGCAGCCGCCGCCGCCGCCACCGCCGCCUCCGCCGCCGCCCCAGGAGCGGAACAACGCCGGCGAGCGGGAUGAUGAUGUACCUGCAGAUAUGGUUGCAGAAGAAUCAGGUCCUGGUGCACAAAAUAGUCCCUAUCAACUUCGUAGAAAAACUCUUUUGCCGAAAAGAACAGCGUGUCCUACAAAGAGCAGUAUGGAGGGUGCUUCAACUUCAACUACAGAAAACUUUGGUCAUCGUGCAAAACGUGCACGAGUAUCUGGAAAAUCACAGGAUCUAUCAGCAGCACCUGCUGAACAAUACCUUCAGGAGAAACUGCCAGAUGAAGUGGUUCUAAAAAUCUUUUCUUACUUACUGGAACAGGAUCUUUGUAGAGCAGCUUGUGUGUGUAAACGUUUCAGUGAACUUGCUAAUGAUCCAAUUUUAUGGAAACGAUUAUACAUGGAAGUAUUUGAAUAUACACGCCCUAUGAUGCAUCCUGAACCUGGAAAAUUCUACCAGAUUAAUCCAGAAGAAUAUGAGCAUCCAAAUCCUUGGAAAGAGAGUUUCCAACAAUUGUAUAAAGGUGCACAUGUAAAACCAGGAUUUGCUGAACAUUUCUACAGUAACCCUGCAAGAUAUAAAGGAAGAGAAAAUAUGUUGUAUUACGAUACAAUUGAAGAUGCCCUUGGUGGAGUACAAGAAGCUCAUUUUGAUGGUCUUAUCUUUGUUCAUUCUGGAAUAUAUACUGAUGAAUGGAUAUAUAUUGAAUCUCCAAUCACCAUGAUUGGUGCAGCACCUGGAAAAGUAGCAGACAAAGUUAUAAUUGAAAACACUAGAGAUUCAACCUUCGUUUUUAUGGAAGGUUCUGAGGAUGCUUAUGUUGGAUAUAUGACAAUAAGGUUUAACCCUGAUGACAAAUCUGCUCAGCACCAUAAUGCACACCACUGCUUAGAGAUUACAGUGAAUUGUAGCCCUAUUAUUGAUCACUGUAUCAUUCGAAGUACAUGUACAGUCGGCUCCGCCGUAUGCGUUAGUGGCCAAGGAGCAUGCCCCACUAUCAAGCACUGUAACAUCAGCGACUGUGAGAACGUUGGACUCUACAUAACAGAUCAUGCACAGGGAAUAUAUGAGGAUAAUGAAAUUUCCAAUAAUGCUUUAGCUGGGAUUUGGGUUAAAAAUCAUGGAAAUCCAAUUAUUAGACGGAAUCAUAUUCAUCAUGGUCGUGACGUCGGUGUAUUCACAUUUGAUCAUGGCAUGGGUUACUUUGAAAGUUGCAACAUCCACAGAAACAGGAUAGCAGGCUUUGAAGUAAAAGCCUAUGCUAACCCCACCGUGGUUCGAUGUGAAAUUCAUCAUGGACAAACCGGAGGAAUAUAUGUCCAUGAAAAAGGAAGAGGACAAUUCAUAGAGAAUAAAAUCUAUGCAAACAACUUUGCAGGUGUAUGGAUUACCUCAAAUAGUGACCCAACAAUAAGGGGGAAUUCUAUAUUUAAUGGAAAUCAAGGGGGAGUUUACAUCUUCGGUGAUGGACGAGGCCUUAUUGAAGGAAAUGACAUUUAUGGCAAUGCAUUAGCAGGAAUUCAGAUUAGGACAAACAGUUGUCCAAUCGUCCGACAUAACAAAAUUCACGAUGGCCAGCAUGGCGGAAUUUAUGUGCAUGAGAAAGGACAAGGCGUGAUCGAAGAGAAUGAAGUCUAUAGUAAUACUCUGGCUGGGGUCUGGGUGACAACUGGCAGCACUCCGGUACUGAGAAGAAAUAGGAUACACAGCGGCAAGCAGGUUGGAGUUUAUUUUUAUGACAAUGGACAUGGAGUGCUAGAGGACAAUGAUAUCUAUAAUCAUAUGUAUUCAGGGGUUCAAAUAAGGACUGGAAGCAACCCCAAAAUUAGACGCAAUAAAAUCUGGGGAGGACAGAAUGGUGGAAUUCUAGUUUAUAAUUCUGGUCUAGGCUGUAUAGAAGACAAUGAAAUAUUUGACAAUGCAAUGGCUGGAGUGUGGAUUAAAACAGACAGUAAUCCUACCCUAAGAAGAAAUAAAAUCCACGAUGGAAGAGAUGGUGGCAUCUGUAUAUUUAAUGGGGGUCGAGGUCUUCUUGAAGAAAAUGAUAUUUUCAGGAAUGCUCAAGCAGGUGUUCUCAUCAGUACUAAUAGUCAUCCAGUCUUAAGGAAAAACAGAAUAUUUGAUGGAUUUGCUGCAGGUAUUGAAAUUACAAAUCAUGCAACUGCAACACUAGAAGGCAAUCAGAUUUUUAACAACCGGUUUGGAGGCUUAUUUUUAGCAUCUGGUGUUAAUGUGACAAUGAAAGAUAACAAAAUAAUGAACAAUCAAGAUGCCAUAGAAAAGGCUGUUAGUAGAGGCCAAUGUUUAUAUAAAAUAUCAAGUUAUACCAGCUAUCCCAUGCAUGAUUUCUACAGAUGUCACACUUGUAACACCACAGAUCGAAAUGCCAUAUGUGUGAACUGCAUUAAGAAGUGCCAUCAGGGACAUGAUGUAGAGUUUAUUAGACAUGAUAGGUUUUUCUGUGACUGUGGUGCUGGAACAUUGUCUAAUCCUUGUACAUUAGCUGGUGAGCCUACACACGAUACAGAUACACUAUAUGACUCUGCUCCACCUAUAGAAUCUAAUACAUUGCAGCACAACUGAAUUCCUUCCCUAAAGAGAAAGUUCUGCCAUUCUAACAUCAUAACUUAAAACAUUUUUUUGGAAGAAGAUUUAAAAUUUGCCCAUGCUACAGGAAGAGACUGUAUUAAAAAUGGAUAUACAAGGUCAGUUGACACUAUGAAGCUCAAGCUACCAAAAAGAAAGUGGCAAUAUAUUGACUCAGGAUCUCAAAGCUGGGUGUUUUAGCAUUACUGUGUAAAGACUUUUGAAGGGACAGAAGUGAAGAAAAUAAGCUGCAAUUUUGUACAGAUACCAACUUCUGAAAAAAAGCUGGUGUUUUUACAACUAGCAUUGAAUGCAGUCCAGUUUGCAGUAGUACUCUUCAAUAGACAAGCAGCUUUGUUGCUGCCUUACGGACAUGGGUACCAAUUGCUUUUGUAAUAUGGUAAAAAUGUGAGCUAGCACUUCUGCUUUUUUUUAUUUUUUAACAUGUAUUCAGAUUGAGAAAUAUGAUUUUAAUGCUUUAAUCUCAUGUAGUUUGUUUUUAAUUUCAAGCAAAAUCUUAUUGUACUUGAAUGUGCCCUGUUUUGUUAGCACACCUAGACUUGCUGUAAACUGUACUCAUGUCCCAGUAUGUACGUUCUUUCUAUGAAAGAGAAAACACUAAUCUUAAAUUAUAUCCAGCAAUGUUUCUGGUAUCCUUUAAGAAAAGUUAAGACUAUUAUUUCCUUCCCUUCCCUGUGCAGCAUUCAAAAUCACCCCUAGAAAAAGUGAGUGUUUUAAUGAGACUUCCUAGGAAGGGAUACACUGUAAAACAAAAAGUAUUCUUGUAACUCAGUUUUUGUGAAAGGUAAAAACUACUAUGUUUUAAAGUACACUUUAGAAAGUCUCUUCAAAACAGUCCUGUAUUUGAACUCUGUUCAUAGUUUUUUUUUGAACAGUUUAGACAAACUGCUGGAAAUUAAGUUUCCUGCAUUACGCUGAGACAAGUAUAUAUACAGCCCUAUACAGUUUCAUAGCUCCCCACCCCCACCCCCAUUUCUGUGUAUUGGUGACAGUGGGUAUAAACAGCCUGAAAGUGUAUGCAUGUACCAUAACAUCUAGACUUAAUAUAUUGUGGAGUAUUCAAUAACCAUUAUGUAGAAGGUAGAUAAGAAUUAAAAGGGUUUAAUUUCCUAGAAAGAAAAUGGAAAAAUGGUCAUUUUUAAAAAAUAAAGUUUAUUAGAUCAUAA